AUGGAAGGGAGGAGAAGGAAGGCAAAGUUUUCAGUUUACGAAAUUGACGUUCUUGUUGAUGAAGUAUAUCGGAACCGAACGAUUCUCUUCAACAAACCGUAUACUCAAGCUUCCAACGAAAGAAAAUUAAAUGUCUGGAAGUCUAUAACAAAGCGCGUUAACGAAGUUUGCACCGUUCGACCUAGAACACUGGAAGAAGUACGGAAGAAAUGGUACUAUUAUUGGUACGCGAUGAAAAAGGAAGCUGUGAAACGGAAAGACAAGGUGCAGGAGGGAAGCGGCUUACUGGAAGACCUCUCGACACCGACAGAAACGAAAAUGUUCGAAAUGCUGGAUGAAUAUGACGACAGCAGCAAGAUGGUGAUGGGUGAGGACGAAUCAGAAUAUUUCGUAGAAAACCAAAGGUCGCCGUCUCGUGACGUAAACGCUGAGGAUGAGAAAUUGAAGCGCAUCAAGUCUCCCGAUUCCCUGUCGAUAAACCACGACCACGAAGAAUUCUCCUCGGAUGACGAAUUAUCUCCACCCGUUUCAAGGCCACACCAUAAAGUCCCGUCACAAACACCAGCAUCAAAAGAAAGUUUUGUUAAGUCUGAACCAGACAUUCGUGUCAUUACGGUUGACACUGAAGAGAAAUCUGAAAUGUCGCCUAUGGUUCAUGAAGUCGCCGAACAUUUGAAGUCGACUUCAGAACCUCAGCUGCGAGUCCUGACUUUCAGCACUCCUCAGUUACCCGUAAACAAGGUACAAGGCAAGAGAAACAAACGAAAACGAGGGGAUCUUGCUUAUCAAGAGAAAGAAUUCCUCAGACUGGAAAAGCGACGUCUCGAAUUGCAGGAACAACAACUAGGAAUUUUGAAAGGUAUACAGAAGCAAAUGGUAAUUGACUCUGAAAGAAACAAUGCUUUCCAACAGGAGUUUCUUGAGAUUUUGCGGAAAGGAAUUAAAUCAGGUCAAGUUUCUGCAGAAAAAUAACAAGUACGCACAAAACACACACACACACACACACACACACACACACACACACACACACACACACACACACACACACACACACACACACACACACACACACACACACAUAUGCUUACAUACAUACUCUCUCUCUCUCUCUCUCUCUCUCUCUCUCUCUCUCUCUCUCUCUCUCUCUCUCUCUCUCUCUCUCUCUCUCUCACUCACUCUCACACACACACACACACACGUACACACACACACACUCUCACUCUCGCUCUCGCUCUCGCUCUCGCUCUCACUCUCACCCUCACCCUCACUCUCUCUCUCACUCACUUAUUCAAUCAUUUAUUCUCACACAACAUAUGCAUGUAAACAUCCAUACGUAUAUAUUGUUAUAAAUCAACUAUAUAUUAGGCAUGAAUAAUGGCGUUAAUACACUUGAGAGGUG